AUGAGAGCACAGGACCAUAGGAGGCGCUGCAAGACUCUCUACGAACACGAAUGGGGCGGUCCGCUCAACAUCAACUCCGGUACCGAGGGAUCAAUCCAGUACCUUACCAAAGGCGGAGAAAUCCAGCUUCCGCUUCUCACUACACCUAAAAGGGGUACCGACAGGGAACGUCCAACACAGAACGGCGCAAAAUUGUCCCUGCGCAACGUGGGGGCCCUACCUUGUUACUUCGAGAAAGCGUACCAAGGUCAUCUGUCCAUCACCGCCAAGCCGUCCCAGAUCAUCGCCCUGCCUUCCAUCCACCCGCUAUCCAGCGUUAUCAUCUUGGUCGGGUCCCGACCCAUCGAGUUAUCCGGUGUCACGGACACACGGGCCUUCUGCCGCGCACCCCAUCGGAUGCUUGCCGCCAACAACGGCGCGAGAAUCUUAAAAUUUACACGACGUAUCGCCCACAAGCUUUUUGCCUCGCUGGAAAGCCAAAGCGCCAUUUCCCGCACGUGCUUGGAUAUCACAUAUCCCACCCUCGAGGCGCAACAAGCCAAUUCACUCCUGGAAGUGGAUGCCGCUCAGCCGCUCAAUCAUAACUCCUGUAUAAGGACGAUCUUCGUGCUUAAAGGCUGA